AUGGCACCCGGUGUCGUACAGAACACUGAAACCGUUAUAAACGAUACUCUUAUUAUCGAAAACGCUCGACAAGAAACCAGUUCGCAAAAGUUAUUAGGGCCAAAGGUUUUGAAGAACGUUGAGAGUCAUGAGUAUCUAUACGAUCGGCUUUAUGAUGAGCCCUGUCCUAGGGUGCCAACACUAUGCAACGAGCGAGCUUGCCUUGGAAGUAUUAUGGCCAUACCUGGCCGUGGCGACGUGCCCCGAGAAUCCGAAGAAGUAUUGAAGGAUGCUAAAGACUUCUUAGGGCAGUACUUUGCUUCUAUACGAAGAGCCAAAACUCCGCACAUGAAGCCGUUGGGUUGUUCAAAAGAGUACUGGACAGGAACUUACCAAUUUACCCCCACAAGUUAG